AUGUCGCCAGCUGAUUCAUCAUGCGAGGAAAAUGUAUACAUGGCCAAAUUAGCCAAACAGGCUGAGCGCUACGAGGAAAUGGUUGAGUUUAUGGAUAAGGUAGCACAAAGAGUCAAUACGGAGGAGUUGACUGUCGAGGAAAGGAACCUCCUCUUUGUGGCAUACAAAAAUGUUAUGGCGCUAGAAGGGCUUAAUGGAGAAUCAUCUCUUCCCUCGAGCAGAAAGAAGAGAGUCGUGGGAAUGAGGAUCAUGUUAAUUGUAAUUAAGGAGUAUAAGAGUAAGAUUGAUGCUCCAAAAAUUGGUGAUCCAACAAUGAUCUGCCCUUGUUAUUAG